UUCUACUCCUAAUAAAUCACCAAAACAAACUAAAAAGCUAGGUAGAAAUUUAAACAAGGAAUACAAAAAGUCUAGAAAAAACUGCAGUGAUUACACAAAUAUAGAAGUUUUGGGGGAAUGUAGAAUGAAAUGCAAAGAAAAAAUUAGCUUCGAAGAACAAACUAUCCUCUUUAAAAGUGAUUGGAAUAGGGACUAUAACUCACGUCGGCAAAUACUAUCAAGCCUAAUUGACGUUCAGCACAAAAAGCUGCCACCUUAGAUAACCCGAACAAAAGAGAGUACGUUUUUAUUUACCAUUUCGAAACUAAUUCCGAAAACACAAAAGUUUGUAAGAAAUGUUUCCUUCAAUUGUAUGGCGAAACAGAACAGAGAAUCAAAACUAUUUGUAUGUACAAAACACAACCGGAAUACGGCGGAGUCCCUCCUAAUGACCGCCGGGGAUGCAGUGCUCCAAGCAACAAGCUUACGGUUGAGAAGCAUAACGAAGUUUUGAACUUUAUAAACUCUAUACCAAAAUAUGAAAGCCAUUACAGUCGGCGUCAUACUACCAAGAUCUAUUUCCAACGAGGACAUAAUCAGGCAUCACUCUAUAGAUUGUAUAAAGAAAAUAUUUCUAAUCCGGUGUCUGAAUCAAAAUUUCAGGAAAUAUUUAAAACUUUAGACAUUAAAUUUAAAAAACCCCUGCUUGAUUUAUGUACCCAAUGCGAAACAUUGAAAGAAAAAAUUAAAAACACUGAGAAUAUAGAGGAAAAAGCUGAGAUUACUUUACAAUUAAAAAACCACCAUGAUGCUGCUGAUUUCGCAUAUGACUGUAAGAAAAGGGACAAAGAUCUCUCCCGUCAAGAUAAGUCUGUGAAAAUGUUUUCUUUCGACCUGCAGCAGUGUCUGCCAACGCCUUAUUUGAAAGCUUCAAUGUUUUUUUAUAAACGUCCCUUGUGGACCUUCAACUUAACUAUUCAUAUUGGUGCCACCAACAAGGCCAACUGCUACAUUUGGCUUGAAGCUAUUGCGAAGCGCGGAGCUAAUGACAUCGGCUCUUGCAUUUAUAAGUGCCUCGCAAGCUUAUCUAAUGACGUAAAGCAUGUCAUUUUAUACAGUGAUUCAUGCACUGGUCAAAAUCGUAACUCGUAUAUUUGUGCUAUGUUUGCAAAGGCGUUGGAAGAUCAUCCCACAAUUGAAACAAUUGAUCACAAGUUUCUGGUUGUUGGUCAUACCCAUCUAGAAUGCGAUACAGUUCACGCACAGAUAGAAAAGAAGAAGAAGAAAUACACUUCUGUUUCUAUUCAACAUCCCCAUGACUGGUCAAAUUUAAUUGCUGCUACAAACAAAAAGUAUAUUACUCAGGAGAUGAAGCAAGAAGAAUUCUACAAUUUCAAUGCAUUGAUGAAAGACAAAUAUACCUGGAGAAACAAUAACACCGAAGGUGAAAAGUUUGAGUGGAAGUUUGUAAGGUGGUUGCGGUAUGUGAAAAAGGAGCCUGGACUGAUACGCUACAAAUAUUCUCUUGGCUUGGACGAUCCAUUUAAGGAAUUAAACAUAAAAGCACGGCGUAAAAUAGAUCAAAACUAUGAGCUUGCAAAAUCUUAUACGGGUCCUCUCCCUAUUUCUGCAAACAAAAAACGCGAUUUGCUAGAUAUGUUGCCGUUGGUCAACCCAGAGCUGCACAGUUUUUACCGAAAUCUUAAAGUUGAAGGAGAAUCCGUGGUUGAAAUAGAUUCAGAUUUGGAUGAAAUUGAAGAAAAUCUCUAAAAAUUUAAUUAUAAAAUUCAAAAAUAUAUAUUUGUUUGUGUUCAUAUAUGCAUCUGUAUUGAAGUGCCUAUUUAUUUUAUUGUAUUACUGAUGUUAAUUUUCUUUUAUUGUUUAAAAAUUCUUUUGUUAAAUGCAAAUUAUUUUAAAUCUUUACUUAUGAGUUUUCUAUUGUAAAUUACAUAAAGAACUUGCAUAUUUUGUCUUUUAUAAAUAAAAAUGAAUUUUAGAUUAUCCACUUAAGUCUGGUUUGUGUCAUUAAAAUGCUUGAAAAAGGAACUUAAGUCGUAAUAGGUUAAAAAUUUUGUGAAAUUUUUUGGCUCAGUUGAUUUUUGUAAAUGCUCUUACCUGACAUAAGCGGUUAUUUUUUUCUAAAAUCAGUUUGGAAGAAGCACUUAUUUCUUUUAAACUUGGUUUAAAAUAAAACUGUUGCGGUUAGUCGAAGAUAGUUAACUGGAAAAUC